UUCAUAGCUGCCUGCUUUGUCUCUGAUCAGCCCGGUUGGUAUGUCGGCUUAAACAUGUCUACACGUGGACAUUGCUAAGUUCAAUUUUGGUUCGAUUUCAUUAUUUAAUGAGCUGGACCCAGGCUGUUGUUUUCAGUUCAAUCGCAAUACGGGAGCCUGUUGUGCCACGUGAGAGCUUUUGUUUAAUCGCUUUAAGGAUUCACCGCUGCUGUGCUCGUAAGAGACAGGUCAAGUCUAAGUGUCAAAGAAUGUUUUGUGACAAAAAGUGGAAGAGGAAGAAAUGUCACCGUUUGACUUUUUGGUUGUUUAUCAUUAACCAGUGGUUGAAUAAAGAAAUGUGUUGCUGUUUUAUGUCAAUGUUAUGCACACCAAGCCAGUCAGUGCUUUGUAGUUAUUGCGUGAGAAAAAUCUGAAAUGAGAAUUUUUGAUCAAGUAACGCAGAGAUUUUUAUCACCCCAAAAAGUAACCUUGAAAAAAGGAUUUUGAUUUGAUGAACCCGACUCGAAUCGUUAUAUUUUAAAAUUGUUGCAGCCAUGACUUGUCUUGAAUUGUCUUUUAUGACGGGUGUACCCCAGAUAUAAAUCGGUUUGAUGCUGCUGAAAAUGUGUUUCGUUGCAUUUCAUGGACUUGGAUAAUUUGUCUUUUGGAGAGCUUUUACACGAUGGACAUUGACCCUACACAUUUUGCAAUCCAGCACUAUAAACCUUUAAAUCCAAAUCAAAUCGGCACCCUAAUCCUGUUCAUUAUUGGAAAGGUGGUAUUUUGGUUCAUAAGAUCCAUCUCUCAUCUCUCAUUGUUUGCUUCUGUGCACGGGAGUCAAACACCAAUAUUGUACGGUGGGAAAAUAUUGCCGCUGACGCGAUUGACAGCAGCAGCACCAAGCCGCAACAUUUUCCAGUGGCCCUACGAUACCAUCAUUCUGAAAAAUUGCUCUGGUGGCGGGGCUGGAGCUGCUUACGGUAGCAUUUUUAAUUCAGAAAUAUUUACAGUGUACUCCAUCCAGUCAAUGAACACGUUGAAUUGAUCGCCGGCCUCCAUUCAUUCACACCCAUCUCACCCCCCGUUCAUCAAAUUGGCGUGACCUAUCGCUGCUGGCAUCAUGAAGAAGGCGGGGGGGAGCAGGGAGACUUUCCCAUCUUGAGGAUAUAAAUAUGAGGAGGAGGAAGAGCAGCAGAAGUGAUUCAGGACCUUUUCACCCUUCUCGACACCGAAGCUGUGCGCUCUUUCAUCAUGAAUGGUUUGAAGACCAUCACUUUAACUUAUAUUCUGACUCUCUUACUGGUUGCGUUUGUCACACAAACCUGGAGCGCGCCGAAGGGCUCUUUCCAAAGGAGAAACUGGACACCGCAGGCUAUGCUGUACCUCAAAGGCACUCAAGGACGCAGGUUCAUCUCAGAGGACCGAAAAGAGGGCGACGUGUAUGACACUUUACACUUAGAGACCCGCAGUCAGAACACAGAGAAGCUGAGUGUGGACCAGGCUGCCACUAUUUUGCUCAACUUCUUGCAGCAAGCUAGGGAUGGGGCUGAUGAAAACCUCGAGGAGGUGUACUUCCAGGAGAUGCCAGUGUGGAAGAGAGAAUACUUCUGAAAGUCGUCCUCCGCUCCCU